AUGGUUUAUUUAUUUGACGUACCUGCUUAUUUCAUCCUCUUGCGUGAAACGCUUGAGGCCACGAUUAUUCUCUCGGUGCUUCUGAGCUUCAUUGACAAACUAGUCCCCGAGCAAGAUUUACGAAUUAGCAUGAAAAAACAAAUAUGGAUCGGUGCAGCUUCUGGUUUAUUCAUUUCACUAGUUAUUGGAGCGGCGUUUAUUGGCAUUUUUUACACCCUCUCCAGAAACCUAUGGGAAGAUAGCGAAAAAAUUUGGGAGGGAGCAUUCAGCCUUGUCGCCUCAAUAGUUAUAACCAUCAUGGCUUUAAGUAUGAUUAAAAUUACCCACUGGAAAAAAAAAUGGGAAAGAAAACUACUGGGCGCAACUAAAUCUUACCUCCAAGAAAGCAACAAAGGAAGUAAAUUUUCUUUGAUUUUCUUGCCCUUUACAACCGUCUGUCGUGAAGCCCUAGAGUCCGUUGUAUUUAUGGCGGGGAUUGGUUUUGGUAAACCCGCUACUGGCCUCCCCAUCCCAAUUAUUCUUGGUAUUCUUACAGGAUUUAUAAUCGGCUGGCUUAUCUUCCGAGGAUCCCACAUGGUUUCACUUAGAAUAUUUCUUAUCUGCACUACUAUAUUCUUGCUAUUCAUGGCUGCUGGUCUUUUUACUACAUCAAUCGAUGAAUUUCAAGAAGCCACCAACCAUCCAGGAAUUCAAUUAUGGUCUCUUAAUUGCUGCGACCCCGAGAAUGAUGAUUUUUGGCAAAUAAUGCAUGCAAUUUUUGGAUGGGACAACGAAUCUACGGUUGGAACGUUCCUUGGAUAUUUUAUUUAUUGGAUUGUGGUGAUUAUUGCCAUGUUGAUUAUUCGUCGACGAGCAGCGAAAAAGGAAGAUCUCGAGAACCCGGACGAAACUAUAUUGACUGAGUAUAUAAGCGAUGAAAAACCAACCGUGCCAGAGAAUAAUAACAAAUCGACCGGGUCGGAAAACGGUGAAGAUUUGUCCAAGUCGGAGAUCAACGAGAAAUUGACUGAAUCGGAAAAAAUUGAAAAAGUAACCGAAUCGGAAUCGGAAAAUGGUGAAAAUAUAACCAAGUUAGAGAACAGCGAGGAAUUGACAAUUGAAAAGUCAACCGAGUCGGAGAACGGUGAAAAUUUGAUUGAGUCAGAAAAAUUAUCCGAGUCAAAGGACGAGAACAAGAUGGCCUAA